AGGCGAUUGCUCAGAUCCAGAGUAACGGGUCUUCUUAGCUCCGCCUCGAAGAUGAGUUGACUAUUCAUUUUAACGCGGCCAAGCUCAUUAAAAUGGACGGGUUGUCUUUACGUUCAUUGAAUAAAACAUUUUUGAUUGUUAUGGUAUAUUGCUUAACGUCACUGUUUGGAACCAUAUGUUGAUGAUAAAGCUACGAACGCGAGAAGUGAACUAAAGUGAUUUAAACUUGGCAACAAACGGGGCACUCAUGUUGAGUUAUACUUUAGCCGGUGAAAUAUCGGGAAAAAUGCAAUGCCUUACAGAAGACUAGUUAGCAGAAUUGAACAUUCGUGUUAAGUUUGCGUUAGGAGUCACACUGGCCACAAUUUGCACGGAAUCUCUGCUGAGGGAGUAUCUGCAUGAAGAACGUCCGAGCACAGGGACUCCGGACAGCCACAUCCUCCCUCAGAAGAGCUUCCAGAGACACCCCCCCCUCUACCAAGGCAUACAACUACAAGCCACCACCCUGGAGCCGGUCCAGCACCUCAUCCCAUCCACCCGCCUCCGAAACCCCAAGAGGCGACACACCCUGCGACUCCUCCGCUAGCACAGCUCUGGACUGCGCAACAGUGGCCAAUGUAGCGCUCAGCUGCCGGUUGCUGCUGGGAAAAGCGGUGAGCGUGUAACUCGGUCCGCUGGUCUCGUGGGCAGAGCCGAGGAGUACUGUUACACCGGCCUGCCAGCCCUUAUGCAUGUUUCAUCUGUUGCUCUCGGAACAGAAGACCCUUUUGUUUAGCUCUUGCAGCCCUCUCCUCUCCUCUCCAGCCUGAGGGACGGAGCGACUGCUGUUGGAGGGUGAGGACACAGGUCACACCACAGCUGACGAGGACAGAGUUUCAGUGGCCGGGUACAGAGCCAGGCCAGAGCCAGGGCCAAAUUCAGGACCAGGAUAUCUAAAGGAUUUGCUGGAUUGCUUGUUGUUAGUCAGUACCCCGAAGAGGUGUUCAUCUUUGGAGCCAGUUGUGACACACACGCAGGGAGUUCAGGAUUUCCAAAGAAGCCUCGGCAAUAGGAGGACCAACUUGCCAUCUGACUGUCACCCGCUUCAGCAGAUUCCACGAACGAGGACUUCCUGUACUCCUGUCGAGACACUCAGCCAUUCCAGCAGAUCUCGAUCAAUCUCCCAAACCUCGGUAUCACCUCAAGACAGUGUGUGUGUGUGUGUGUGUGUGUGUCGCGUUCAAUCUCCAAACUGUGGUGCGGGAAGCCAAGACCGAGCAUGACCGAGGCCCUCCGGCCGCCCGCGGUCCAGGUGAGCAUCCCUCUCGACGCCCCCGUCUACUCGGACGGCGGCAACCGCGCCGCCUCGGACCAUUCCGUCUGGUCCAGCUACUCCACCCCGACGCUGCGGCGGAAGCGCUUCAAAAUGCGCCGCAUGAGAAACGUGCCGAGCGAGCGGGAGAAGGAGAAAGAGCGGGAGAAAGAGCGGGAAAAGUGUCGGCCGGCGAACGGGCGCCCGGUGAGCCGCUCCCACUCGGCCUCCAAGGAGUACCUGCAGCUGCCCUCCAUCGAGAUCACGCCGUCCAGCGACGAGGACGCCAUAUCCUCCUGGUCCAACUGUUCCACGCCCAGCGCCUCGCCACGCCGCAAGCGCUUCCUGCUCCGCAAGUGGCUGAGGGUGCGCGAGAAGAAGGAGCACGGCAGCGAGAGCAGCAGCCAGCAGAGCAGCCAGCAGAGCAGCCAUGAAGACGACUCCACUCGCUUCCUGACCCCCCUCAUCCGAGAGGAGAGGUCUGACAGUGCAGUGGACAGGAUCAGCACUGCCAGUAACUCGAACAGGAGCACGCCUGCCUGCUCGCCCAUUCUGCGUAAGCGCUCGCGCUCGCCCACGCCCCAGAGCCUGGAGGGUGAGACCAUGGUGGAGAAGGGCUCGGACCACUCCUCUGACAAGUCCCCCUCCACGCCCGAGCAGGUGGUCCAGCGCACCUACUCGGUGCAGUCUGCGCGCAGCGGAGGAAAGAACUCCAAGAAGAGCCAGAGCUGGUACAACCAUGAAAGACAGCACAUCCUGAGAGUGCUGAGCCCCACGUACAAGCAGCGGAAUGAGGACUUCAGGAAGCUGUUCAAACAGCUGCCGGACACGGAGCGCCUCAUCGUCGACUACUCCUGCGCCCUCCAGCGAGACAUCCUCCUUCAGGGACGACUCUACCUCUCGGAAAACUGGAUCUGUUUCUAUAGCAACAUCUUCCGCUGGGAAACGCUGCUGACCGUGCGGCUGAAGGACAUCUGCUCGAUGACGAAAGAGAAGACGGCGCGCCUCAUCCCCAAUGCCAUCCAGGUGUGCACAGACUCAGAGAAGCACUUUUUCACCUCAUUCGGUGCACGAGACAGGACUUACAUGAUGAUGUUCAGACUGUGGCAGAAUGCUCUCCUGGACAAGCCCUUGUGCCCCAAAGAGCUGUGGCACUUUGUGCACCAGUGCUACGGCAACGAGCUGGGCCUGACGAGUGACGACGAGGACUACGUCCCCCCGGACGACGACUUCAACACCAUGGGGUUCUGCGAGGAGAUCCCCAACGAGGAGAACGAGGUCGUCAACGACAAUUCGUCCAAGAGCAGUGCCGAGGUAAGGCACGAGGGCAGCCCGCUGCCCGCGCACAAGAAGUCCCUCUCCACCAGCGCCCUGGCCACGCCCCCCGGCGGAGACACGCCCCUCUCAGUGAGUCCCGCUGACGCGCAAGAGUUCGACCUGACUACGGAGGAGUACACCGACUGCCUCGCUGGCGGCGAGCUGCUGGCCAUCCCCCUAGUGGAUGAAGGUGCUGAGCCCAGGGGCCUGGUGCCCUCGCCCUCGCUUGACUUCAACGACAACGAGGACCUCCCCACUGAGCUGAGCGACUCCUCGGAGACCCACGAUGAAGCAGGGGAGGUGCAGGCCUUCCACGAAGACCUGAACGGGCGGCAAUACAUAAACGAAGUGUACAAGUUCAGCGUGGACAAGAUGUACGACAUCCUCUUCGCAGAGUCCCAGUUCAUGAACGACUUCAUGGAGCUGCGCAGGUUCUCAGAUGUGGUGUAUCACCCGUGGAAGAAGGAAGAUGCUGGGAACCAGACCAGAGAGAUACUGUACACGAUCUCACUGUCGAACCCUCUGGCACCCAAGACCGCUACGGUCACAGAAACACAGACGUUAUACAAGGCCAGCCAGGAGAGUGAAUGCUACAUCAUCGACGCCGAAGUCAUAACCCACGACGUCCCCUACCACGAUUACUUCUACACGCUCAACCGCUAUAUGCUCACCAGGGUGGCUAAGAACAAGUGUCGUUUAAGGGUGUCCACCGAGCUACGCUACAGGAAGCAGCCAUGGGGACUGGUUAAGGGCUUCAUCGAGAAGAACUUCUGGAGUGGGUUGGACGAGAACUUCCGCCAUCUCGAGUUGGAGCUGGCUAAGUUGGAGGACAUGCUAACGGAGGCUCACCUGCCGUCGCCGAAGGCCAAGGUGGCCGCGGUGAGGCGGCGGAAACGGCCGCUCGUGCACCUGCGAGGCCCGCACAUGGACGAGGCCCUGAGCCCCGUCACCACGCCCACCGACGAGGAGGUGAUCCACCGCAUCAAGCACGUGGCGGGCUCCACCCAGACCAGGCACACGCCCGAGCACCUGCCGGGGGGGUCGGGCCUCUACAGCGUCUCCAAGCUGCUGCUCAUCAUCAGCUUUGUGAUCUGUCUAAGCUUGGUUCUCCUGGUGUUCCUCAACAUGAUGCUGUUCUACAAGCUGUGGAUGCUGGAGUAUUCUGCACAGUCUCUCACUACUUGGCAGGGCCUGCGGCUUCAUGAAAGCAAACUGCCUCAGACACAGAUGGAGUGGGCCCAGCUCUUAGAGUCCCAACAACGUUACCAUGACGCUGAGCUGCACAAAUGGAGAGAGAUCAUAAAGUCAUCCGUGCUGCUGCUAGACCAGAUGAAAGAUUCUUUGUUGAACCUUCAACGAGGCAUCGGCUUGAGGGAGCACAGCUCAGAAGCUGAAGAGAAAAGAAGUCGCUACCACUGACAUACGACCCCCCCCAGGCCUUGAGGGGAUGGCGUGCAAUAUAGGAACUGUUUGUGCGUGAACAUACAAACGUAAACAAACAGAGAGAGGGGGUGAGGAGAGAGACAAACUGUCCGCUGCUGUUUCCAACUGCGGGGGUGGGGGGAGGCAGAGGGACAUAGUGAACCCCCCCCCCACGUCCCCCUGCCCUAGCUCAGAGGUCGACCGUGGACAGGAGAGACGCCAAACCUCACGACAGACUGGAAGUGAGGUGUCGUCGUCCGUCCGUCCCCCCUUCCACUCCACACACACACACAGCUCCUAGGCAUCAAAGUGAGCAGCCGCAGGCACCCUUACAGGUCUGUCUCGCCUCCUGUCCUCCCUCAAGGCCCGCCGGCACUCGGGUUGGGGGGGGGUUGGGAGGGGAAGAAUGUGCAGCAUGCGAUUUGUCCUCUUCACCGCGACUCCCCUCUGCAAACGUCCACGGCUCUCUUCCCGCUCUGCGAGAGCUCGAGGAAGAACAAACGUUGGGGAGAGGGGAGGAGGGCGGGCGGGCGGGCGGAGGGUCCUCACAGUCCUAUAGGCUUUCUACACUUCCUCGACUGUUCCGAACCUGAUCAUCCCCUAGGCGUCCUUGCUGCAGUGUCCCUUUUGUUAACCCCUUCAGAUCCUGGGCCCAGAUCGAUGGCGUUCUCACAGUAGCAGGAUCACCAGCACAGGGAUGGAGGAGAGCACGUUCCGCAUGUGGAAACUGACUUCCACCCAAAUGUCUACUGCCUUGUUUUAAACCUGGUCGUAUCCAGGUGCGUUUGGGGGCUGGUUCCCUUGACGCCCUGGUCCCAGGUGUGUUGUGUUGGUAUAUUUAUUAUGUCUUACUGGAAGAUUCCAUUUCUGAUCAAGGAUAAUCCUCAUGCACACCCAGUGUUUAUGAGCGAUAUCUAGAUUGCUGUGCGUUAUUGAAAGGCAAAUGAAGUGUCCCCAUAACUUGGUCAAGCUUUAGCGGUAAAGUGUGAGGUAAAAUGUGAACAUGAGAGUUCUUCCCACAGUUUACAAUGUUCAGUGCUGUAUUAUAUUGUAUCUAUACUGUCGCUAUCCUACAUUGUGUGACUUGGCCCAAACAUUCUAAUGGCCGUCAUAUACAUCACCUUACCAGUUGUGAAACCGUAUUUAGAAUCUUCAGUUCUGAAUCGAAUUAUGUGUUGCCAGUGAUCCUCUUUUCACGAGACAUCACAACCCGACAAUUGGUGACUCUUUUUAUGCACAGUACAGAUUUCCUUUGUGAUGUUGCACAUAUGUCCAAAUGAGUUCCUAGGUGUCCCUGUGAACAGAGAAUGUAACGGAAUCUUCCCGAAUGAUCUGUUUGUUUUGGUUUUGUUUUUCGAAGGGGAACAUUGGAAAACCCCGAUGAUGCUUAGAUGAUGUCAUUUGAAAAAGGAACACUGCAGCUAGGCAAUUGGGGGGGGCGUGUGUUCUUAAGUGUUUUAUUACUAAACUGUGAUUAUAUCUCUUUCAAAUGUUUCAAGAUGGAAUUAUAUAAAUAUAUUUGAAAUAUAUAUGUAUAUUUCACUAUUUAAUAUAUAUUUCAAAAUAUAUACACAUUGCAUAUAUUUAUUGUUAAUUUAUGUAAAUAGGAAAGUUAUCAGAGUUCUAGACAGGUUUAAAGAAUUUAUAAGGAAAAGUGUUUUCUUGAGAUAAGCAUCCCAGGUAUGUCUGUGACAUAUCUCGUGUGCACGUGUGCUUGAGUGUGUAUACUGUAUGAGUGUGUGUGCGUGUGCACGUUGUGUGUGUUUAUGUGUAGAGAGGGACGUUUCUACCAUUCCACACUCGUGUCUCAACAUUUCAUUUCCGGCACAUGUAGCCAAACUGCCUUUUUGAUGCCCAUGCGUUUGAAUGCAGCCUUGCAUUGGCCUAACAGGCUACAGUUUACAAUCUGCCCCACACGGGCAAUCCAGUGUCAAUGCCACGACCUGCAAGUGGCUUGAUUCGACUACAUACACACACGCGCAAACUUUGCUUAUCGCCAUCAUCCACAUUUUAUAUUCCCAUCUGCCCUAAUAGUACAUCCCAAAACUCCCCACACACGUAACAGUAAGUGUUUAUACUGAAGGUAUUCCCCUCACCAAUUUAUAUUAAACCAAAAUUGAAAAUAUAUUAAACCCCUCUAAUAUGUUAGUUAUUCUCAGUAUAAUCAGAAUCGAAAAGACAAAUGACAAAAUACUGUAUGGGUCCAUAGCAACCGUGAAUUACUGAGGGAGGGAUUAAAACACGUCCAAAAACACUUCCUGUAUGAAUGAGAGAGAAAAGCAAUGCACUUUAUAGACCUUCCAAAUAAUGAAGGAGAGAGAGAAGCACUUUGGUCUGUGGAGGCAGAGUGAUCAUUAGCAACUUCCCUAAUUGAGAUGGGAUUCAAGCACUGUAACGUAGCCCAUUUUCAAAUUCCGUUGAACUCCAAUCAAAAAACAUAUUUAGUUUACCCAAAGAUUUGUGCUGACUAUAUCCCUUGAUAUUUAAAUGAUGCAUGUGUUCAUUUCUUAUGUCAUAAAAGGCAGCAUGACUCUGGUGUGCAGGUAUACGGGCAAGCCGUUUUCCAGAAGUAUCUCGAAAUAGCAAUUACAGACAGGUUGGAGUGACUGUUGCUCUCGAGUAUUUCAGGGAUUUGUGGGAGGGGGAGGUGUGUGGAGGGGAAAGAUCUUGAAUGUGUGAUUGUGUUGGUGUGUUCCUAAACAAGGCAGUUGCUAUCCUGAAACGAUGCUGUUGGCUUGGAUCCCCUGCAGAGUAUGACGAGGGUGUACUGUUCAUUUGAGAAAAUCUCCAAAACCUGUAUCCCCAAGUGGUUGGAGAAAAGAUCCCUUUACCACACCAGAUAUAUUUACACACACAAAUAUGAUGUCCUGCUGUGGUUGUUUCAUAUAUAUGUUACACUACUUCCUAUAUAUGAGGUGACUCUGAACGUUUGUUUUAAAGUGUAUGGUCUCAUUUCUUGGAUUUUCCUAGAUUUCUGGAAAUUUGCUUGGAUUUCUGUAUUUAUGUAGGACUAAUAUUUGACCAUUCUCAACGUAUUAGAAAAACAAGUGUGGACAUGCACGGUGAGCGAGUUUAUGUCAGCAAAUCAUGUUUGCUGCAACUAAUAUGAAAUCAUUCCAGAAUAGGGUUACUCUUCAAUUUAUCUCUGACAUUUAUAUUCAAACUACUUUAUAAACGUAUGACGAUAAGCUGUUAGUAUGUUAUAGCCUGUUACAGCUAUCCUCAUUUUCACAAGAAAACAGCAACAAAAUAGUCAUGGCCCAUACAUCUCCCAUAAUGUUUAGAAUGGUUUUAUGGACAUUAUCUCAAAAGGACCUGAGGUGAACAGUUUCCUUGUUCUUGUCUUGAUUUUUUCAUUUCCAGUUACAAUGAUUGUUGGAUGAGUGUGAGAUUUUCCAUUGCAUUCAACAUUCCAAUCAAACAUCUUGGUUACCCAUCUAAAGACGUAUGUAGACUGACAACAACUGCGCAAUAUCAUAAAUAGAACCAAUCAUUUCUUGUAGAUGUGGUCUUAUUUGUAGCUUGUUUUUUGUUCUAUUGGUUUCCUUUUCUCUAAUCUAUAUUUUCUGCUGUGCACUCACCCCGAUAUUGGCAUUACCAUUUGAUGAUUGUUUGAUUUCAAUUAUUUCUAGACAGCUAUGUAACCAAGGCAACUUGGAGGUGUCUUAAUGUCACCGAUUUGUUGGCAUAGACAGCUAAUUAAUUGUCAUUUCCCCGACUUCAUUAAUUUCUGUUUGCCUCAUUGUUGUGAAUACGACAGAAGUGAGGCCCGAUCCCAAUCACACUCUGGUUAAUGCACAACAGGGAAUCCCACUCCCCUCUCCUUAAAAUGACUACUGAACACAUUAAUAGCAAGAUUCCAUUACUGGUGUGGCUUUGUUUAAAAAAGAAACCUGAUGUAUGUUUUUUUUAGACCUGUUUUGAUCUCUAGAGACAAUAUUAGAUUUAUACCUGAUAUACUGUAAGUAUAUGUUGUGUAUCUGCAGUGUACCACACACUGACAAAAGAAUCAAAUCUACGCUGUGCGUGGGUUUGGACUUGACGACGACUUUGCCUAAUAGAGACUAAGAUGCAGUGGCUUUCUGGUUCAUGUGAAGUAGAGAUGGGAGGGAUGAAUAAAAAAUAUAUUGAACAAAUGUGAA